UUUAAAAAGAUUAAACUUUUCGUUUUUUUUUCUUGAAAUUCUGUUUGCAAAAGGCUGAAAUUAAAAACUUAUUAAUCUCAAUAAUUGAAACCCCAUUUCUUCUUAAUUUUGAAUUUAGCUUGAUACAGUCAGAAAACUGACCAGAACAAACCCAUUUAGUCAAGACUCAAAAAAUAGAUCCAUGGACUGCCUGUAGUCUGUUCGUAGUUUUUUUUUUGUCAAAACGAUAAUGGGAACCCCCUCCUGUGACGUCAGCGCACCGACUGAGGACGCCGAUUGGUUGAUGAUAAAUUAGCCUGAAGAGCAGAAGCCAAUUGAAUUGGUGGGAACGCGGAGGCUGGGCGGUGAUUCGUCGAGGUUCCCUCGCUUACCUGAGCUCGAGGAAGCGGGUCGCGGGGCUUUAUCGGUGGAGAGGGGCAGAGGUGCAGGGACACCUUCAGCAGAAGUCUACCUGCCGGAGUCUGGACUGCGCGUGCACACUCCGCCUCAGAAACGACACACACACACACACACACACACACAUUCACACUCACUACACUCUACACUGCUGGCUACUUAAAUACACACAGAAGCAGAAGAAGCAGCAGCAGAAGAUACAGAAAGGAGAGAGAGAGACAGCAUGGAGAAAGAAACGCGAGACAGAGUUCCCUCACGGAAGUAUAGUGCAUCUCACUGGAGGCUCCAGAACAUUGCCCAGGAAUCCAUGGACAGCUCAGAUGAGGAGUUCUUUGAUGCCAGAGAUGUGAUGGAGGGGAAGACAGCGAUUCUGUUGGGAAUGAGUCAGUGGAACUCCAACGAUCUGGUGGAGCAGAUCGAGACGCUGGGUCACCUGGAACGCUCACGAGAGAGUUUAUACAGACUGAGGCAUCCUCGUUGUGCACCACAGAGCAGCGUGGAUGGCCUGGAGGAUAUGGAGAGAAAAUGCAGGACGCAGCUGUUGAUCUUGGUUGUGCAUGGAGGUCACAUUCUGGACUCUGGAGGUGGUGACCCAGGAGGAAAGGCGGGCGACGCUGCCACGCUGGCCUCGGUGCUGGAGCGGGUGGCACGGGCUCACUUCCAGAAAGCAGCAGACGGCAUGCUGGUCCGGCUGGUACCCUGCCCUCCGGUCUGCGCUGAGGCUUUCUCUCUUGUUUCUCAUCUGAAUCCAUACAGCUAUGAUGAGAGCUGUGUUUCCAGUAGCGUGGAUCACUUACCUCUGGCCGCUCUGCCCAUCCUCGCCAUCGCCGCUCCACGAUACCAGGACGCUGUGGCUUCAGUAAUCGCUCAGGCCAAUCAGGUCUACCACAAUUUCCUGCAGUCACCAGAGGGUGUGGGCUUCUCUGGGCAGGUGUGCCUGGUGGCAGACUGUGUUGGAGGAGUGCUCUGUUUUGAUGCACUGUGUUUCAGUGGAGACCAGCGACAAGUUAGCCCUAACGCGAACAGCAGAAACAACAGCACUGAAAGCCUCAAGGAGAAACCUGGCGUGAUGAGCAGUCUGAGUCCCAAUCUACGAGGCAGUAAACGCCUCAGCAAGAGCAACAUUGACGUCUCCACUCCCUGUGAAUCAGGCCCAGGCAUCCGCCAUCCGCUCAUCCGCAAACAGAGUGACUCAUGCGACGCGGACGUAGCAGGAGGUCAGAGAGGGGUCUUUUUCAGCAGUUUGUCUCAGGAAGAACAGAGCAGCUUAAGGCACCCAGGCUGCUUUGACUUUGAGGUGGCUGACUGCUUUCUUCUCGGCUGCCCGCUGGGAUUGGUGCUCGCCAUGAGGAGAACUGUGUUACCUGCUGUUCAGGUGGCUCAGUUACAUCCGGCCUGCUCUCAGAUCUUUAAUCUGUUCUACCCAUCGGACCCCUCUGCUUCACGUCUAGAGCCCCUGCUGCAUCCUUCUCUCACACAGCUACCCCCCUUUCCUGUGCCCCGCUACCAGCGCUACCCACUGGGUGAUGGACGCUCCGCUCUCAUCUCUGACACUGUUGUCAAACACCUGUCUGAUGGCAGUAGCACUCCAGAUGCCAUUCAGACUCCAUGCUGCCCUGGGGGCGGCUGCAGGGCAGGACGGGCAGCGACAGACCCUGAGAACAGCACAUCUGCACCAGACCAGCUGGACUCCACCAUCUCACAACUAUGCAGUAGAUGGUGGGGCUGUAAGCGGCUGGAUUACGUGCUGUACUGUCCGGACGUGCUCUCGGCCUUCCCCACCGUGGCGCUGCCUCCACUCUUCCACGCGUCCUACUGGGAGUCUACUGACGCCAUGGCUUUCAUCCUUAGACAGGUAUUGCGGUGUGACUGUCUGAAGGCAGGUGAAGCAGACUGUAAAGACGCUAUACCCAUCUCCCCCUCCAGCCCACGAGAGAAAUGGCUCCGCAGACGUACACACGUCAAACUGAGGAACGUUACAGCUAACCACAGAGUGCAUGACGUGAUUGCAACAGAGGACUGCCCACAGACGCUGGUGGGCAGGUUCAUGUAUGGCCCUUUGGACAUGGUCACCCUCACAGGAGAGAAGGUGGACGUGUUUUUAAAGUCGCAGCCUGCGUCAGGGCGCUGGGUGUUGUUCGACACUGAGGUUACCAGCAGCAGUGGCCGUGUGACCUAUACCAUUCCUGCAAACAAGAGACUGCCUCUUGGCGUGUACCCCAUCAAAAUGGUGGUUAAAGGUGACCAGACGAGUGCAGAGGCGUUCCUCACUGUACUGCCGAGGGGAAUGGAGUGCGUGGUAUUCAGCAUUGAUGGCUCAUUUGCUGCCAGUGUCUCACUCAUGGGCAGUGAUCCUAAAGUCCGCCCUGGAGCUGUGGAUGUAGUCAGACAUUGGCAGGACCUUGGCUUUCUCAUCAUCUACAUCACUGGUCGGCCGGACAUGCAGAAGCAGAGGGUGGUGUCCUGGCUUUCCCAGCACAACUUUCCCCAGGGCAUGGUGUUCUUCUCUGAGGGGCUUGUGCAUGACCCCCUGCGUCAGAAAACCAUCUUCCUCAAGAGCCUGGUUAAAGAGUGUCACAUUAAGAUCAGUGCAGCUUAUGGCUCCAUGAAGGACAUGUCUGUAUACAGUGCUUUGGGACUGGAGCCCUCUCAGAUCUAUAUUGUUGGAAGGCCAUCAAAGAAGCACCAGCACCUGUGUCAGUUUCUAAGUGAGGGCUACGCCGCCCACCUCUCCACACUGGAGUUUGAGCACGGCUCACGCUCUAAGAAGAACCGCAUGGUCCUGAGGCAGGGCUCCUUCGGCCUUUCCUCCAAGCCAGAGUUCCUCUCCCCCUCGCCGGACUUCUUGUCCUGUAAGCGCACUCCACUCCUACGGCGCGCAAUGUCCGUUCAGCAGCCCUCUCCACCCUCCUCCUCAACCUCAACACCCAAACCUGAGCGUGCCCAGAGCCAACCCGAGUCCCACAAGGACGGCCCAGAGAUCCGCAUUGAGCUGGAUGAUGAGGACGAGGAGAAGGGGGGCUUUUCAGCGGUGAUAUGAAAGGACACUGUCGCUUGGUAGGAGAAAGAGAACAAGCUUUUCGGCCUCAAACUCUCUGCCCACGUGGUCCUUCUAAUGUAUUAUAUAUUGUAUGGUAGGGUAUUGGUGCACUCCUGUGGAGCGUUUAAUUUUUUUUGUUUGAUGGGAAACACAUUUUUGGUUUUCUCUUUAAUUUUUCCAGCUAGUGAGUAGUAGCAAGCAGUUGCUUGUUCUGUACACUGUGACAACCAUGUGAGCUUUUCAGAGCAAGAUUUUUAUAAAAGACCGUCUAAUAUCUGGAUUAUUAAAUGUUGUGAUGUUUAUGGCAUUGUUUUUUUAAAGAGUACAUCCAACCCCAGUAUAAGAAGUCCUUCUGUUCGCUCAGUAGCUUCAAAACAUUAACUUUAAGGUUGAUAACAAGCAUUUGGAGGUGGGGCUUACAGGGGCAUUUUAACAGGGCUUCUGUGUUUGGUAAGUCACUGCAACAACCAAUUGGAACAUUUAAAAGGUUGCCGCCCACUUCUAUGUAAUAGAGUAAAAAAAAAAAGAAUUUUCAACAAUGUAGUUUCAUUUUAGCAGCAUAAAAUAUUUUUUGUUGGACACAAGGAGUGUGUGAAUGAAAUGGUUGUGGAUAAAAAAUGAUAUAUUUAGAGUUUACUUACACCUUAAAAUAAUUCAUAAGUGUAAAGUUAUGGUUACUAUGGUGUGCAUGUGCAGAACUAUUCGACUAUUCUGUAUAAAGUAUGCAAAAUACUUUUUUUUUUAUAAAUAGGCAAAAUCCCUUUAAUACAAUGUCAACUGUAUACAAGUUAUAUUGAGGACAAUACAACCACUUGGCUUGACUGCUAGUAGGUUUGUCAGUUUUCUUAUAUCAUCAAUUGCCCUUUUCUCUUUACUUUGUACUUGUAGAGGGAUUUUGCCUAUUUGUCAUGCAUAAUAUAUUUUUUCUUUUUUUAUACAUUCAAUUUUAUAGUGCUACCAAUGUAAGGCACUUAAUUCUUAACAUUUAAAUAUUGCAGAUGGUUACUUUUCUUUGAUUUCUUGUUUCACGUGGGUCUGUUUUUGUUGUAGCACAGUUUUGACAAACUCCUGCCCCUGCCUGUUAGAAAACAACUGUUUCUUUUGCUUGUCAGUCAAAUUACAUCUUUCCGUCAAAGUAUUUUUUUUCUGACCGCAAAGAGCAAAGAAACCUAAAAGGCAUUGUUGUCAGUAUAUACGUUUUGGCUUGACUGAGAUUAGACAGCUAGUGAUGAGGGACGAUGAUAAUCUGUGUGCUAAAAUGCAUAAUUGCAAUUAUUCAGUGGCCUUCAACUCAGCGUUCAUGUUAGCAAAUGACAGUGCGGCGGGCGACAGGUCAUUAAAUGGGAGGACGUGAUUUGUAGCCUCAACUGAGUGUCAGAGAGAUAAUGCAAAAAACAAUUUCCACAAUUUUGUGGAAAAUAAUUAUGAUGGGAUGAAGCAACUUUCUAAAACGAUUGGGCACACAAUUUCUUGGGACCAAUCACAGACAGAGUGGUCUGAGAUCCCCACCUUCUGCUCUCUUAACUUUUGAUUUCCAUCUUAUUUUCCUUUUCUCAACAGAGGGUAAUAAGGUUAGUUCAUUGAUCAGCUUCUCCUCAUCUAUCACCCUCACAGGAGUUUCUGGUAAGCUUUUUACACACAGUGAAAAGUUUCUGUUAAAAUACUGCGUUUUUGUAUUUAUACACAUUUCAAGUCACAGGUCAUAGAUCAGGCUCCCUAUCUCCUUAUAAGGGCAUUUUUUUCUUCUUUCUUCCUUGUUUUUACCUGCUUUGUAAUCAACUGUUCUGCAAUUGGGUUCAACAACCCUCUGGGCUAGAGAGCUACUAGCCUGUAGCACUCCAUCCCAUUACAACUCAAUUUCCCAAACUGUUUUUUUUUGUUGUUGUUGUGGCCCACCACGUAAUGGCUUGGAAAAUAUCUGGCCCGCGGCCAAAUGUAAUUGAUGACCCCUGUCAUAGAUUAUCAUUUCAGGCACUUUCAGUUUGGUUUUGUUUUUAUUUGAAUGAAAUAAUGUAGAAAAACAAUGUGUUGCACUGUGGUGAAAAAUGGAAUUAAAUAAUGCUUGGUGUUUUUGAGUGGUGGUGCAUGCAAUUGGGUUAAUUGUAUGCACCUGCAUUAGGAAUAAUGGUUUAAAACGUUUUGGCAGCUGCAUGGCACUGCAUGGCAUAUUCAUUAUGCAGAAGCCUUCAAUGUUAGUUUUGAACAGUAAGACACUUAAUUGUAUAACCCUGCAUAAUAUUUUUGUCCUUUAUCUGACACUUUUGCCAGGUUUGACGUGCAGAGGUUAAAUGUGAAGCACAGCGGAAGUGGAAGUGGCAGGAUGUUAUUAUGCUCACAGAUGUCUCCUGGGUCACAGCUCCAUUGCUCUGCCUCUGGCUUACCUCGACCCCUAGAACAAAAUGAAUACUUUAACCUGUGCUGUGUCACAGUUGCCUUGGAAACCUCUCGUUUUAAUAAAUCCUUCAUUCAGUGAUGUUCGAUGAAGUGCACUGACAAACACUCACACAGAGCUCAGUGCUGGCUGUGGUCUAUGGCAGGGCUUUCAUUUGCGCUGCACUGCAGAGAAGCCAAGAGGUCCUUUGGCGUACGGAGCUCCCAUUUGGUUUCCAUUGACGCACUUGAGCUGCUCUGAGCUGUGAGCUGUGUCACCCUGGCCUCCACAAGCUGUCAGGAGCUGAAUGAGCUGGUCUGCAUGAGACCAGACGGCAGGCAACCCAGGAGAAAAUAGCCCUCACUUCACUGCUCGAGAGUGGAGAAGGCCUUCUUUGUCUCCAUUGGCUGUGGCAGGAGUUGAUUGGCUUCUUGUGCAAUUGUUGACCACACACUGGGCUAAUGGUGCUUUCACACGGAGCAGUUUGGGUUGUUAUUUCUCUCAGUGGACGUUGAAGCUUAUUGUCACUGUUCUACAAAUACAUUUUCGAAAAUGUACCUUUAUGUUAGAAAAAAGGAACAUCUUAACAUUUUUAAUUGUACAUUAAGUUGUUGCAAGCUAUAAAAAUAUAGAGCUGGCAAUGAAGUUGUCAAAAAAAACUCUUUAGGUGACUCCACCUAUAACUCAAAUUUGAAAAAUGCUUAAAAAAAUGGAAGGGGUAGUUUAGAAGGGGCACUGGGUGAUGUAUGGGUUUAGAGGCAGAGCAGGAGGGAGAGCUGAUUGGCUAAGCUGCAGCAUCAGCAGUGUGCCUUUGAUAGAGGAGAGACAAAGAUGGUUGGACGUCAGCAGGGGGGUGGUAUUAUUGAUUGAUUGAUUGAUCUGCAUAUUGUGAGUGUCCACAUAACAAAGUACACGGACACAUCAGCUACACAUAUAGAACAGUUAAAUCAAAGAGGGUGGUGCAGAGGCAGAAAUUACCACGAUGAAAGCUUUUUUUUAGAGGUUAGGAAAGUUUUAGAAAAAUAUUAAGCAGGACUAGUAUGUUUUAUUACUUCAAAGAAACACAUUUCAACUAUUAAUGGAAAAAAAUGGUUUAGGGUUAAGUGGCCCUUGGUUAAAAACAGCAUUUUCAUGUGGACAAGAAUUUAGGUUUUUAAAUAUCUGGAUACAUGUGGACAAGGCAUUGUUUUUGUCAUGUAAAUAGUAGGGUAGUAGAUAUAAUCGACAAUGUCGAUUAUUUAAAUUUGUUGACUACAAAUUUUAUUGUCGACUAAUCGUUAAUUUUUAACAGUACCACAUUACGCGCACAAAGUGCUGGGGGCAGAAGAAACUUGUUCUGUGUCUCUAAAAGUGCCCAAACACAACAGAUUACUUAUUUAUUCACUAAAUAUUAGUACUCUCCAUGUUUAAACAACAUGUGGACAUUUAAAUGCCUUUUAUAUCUCAUGUUUUAUAUCUAUCUUAUAAAUAUAUAUCUAUCUUAUAUAUAUAUUUUUUUUUUCUGCUGUUUUUAGAGAUGAAGGACAUGGCAGAAAUAAUCGUUGACUAAUCAACUAAUCGAAAAAAUGAUCAUCAGAUUAGUAGACUACCAAAUUAAUCUUUAGUUGCAGCCCUAGUAAAUAGAGAGGUUGGGACCAUAGACUAUACUAUAUAUGUAAGUAUGGACAGAAAGACAUGGGUUAAAAAGUGAAGCUACUAGGUCCCCUUUAUUAUCACAAUCAACAUUUUUGUUUAGAAACAAUGGAACAGUAACAAAAUGUUUGCCUUAACAUUAGGAAUAUAAAUACUUUUUUGAGGUAGAAAAGGAGAAACAUAAAAAUAUAAAAAAUAUAAAAAUAAAAUAAAAAUUGUCCCCUCACUAGACAUCUUUUCUAGUUCUUUGUUUCUUUUUUAAAAAAUAGAAUUAAGGAAAUAAGGAAAUUUCUUCCUUUAAGUGCAAAAUAAAUAUCCCAAAUAUAAAAAAAAUACUCACAGCGUAGGCUACUCCUACAGACAAGGAGUAGAUUUUGAUGAAUCUGCAUGCGCAGCAGUCACUGUGUGCGCGAGAGUAAAAAAAGCUUAAGUAUCAAUAUUUUACACGAGUAUUGCUCAAUAUCAAUACCAGGUUUGGUAUCGUUAUUAUCGAUAUUUGGAUCGCCCACCUCUAGGCUCUACUGCGCAAGCACACGCAAGAUGGCAGCUUCCGUUUCGGCCAUCUUUUGGUAUCGGUGACAAAAUUCUAACCCAACCAGGUCUGAUCUACUACAAAGUGUGUAAUAGGAGUUCCACAAAAACAAGCAACCAGCUCAGUGUCUAUUUUCCUAAUGUACUAUCUCAUGAUUCUGUUCUGAAUAAUAGAAGGUGCUGAUCUGUUCUUUUGAAGUGUGAUCCAUGAAAACAAGAUGAAAAACAGUGGUAGACAAAGGCAAUUAGCACACUGUUCCACAAGACAUGUGGAAGAUGAAGAAAAAUACCAGGCUGAACCAAAAAAGUGAUGAAGUUUAAUGAUACUGCAGAGAGAGAAAGAGAGAGAGAGAUCUCACCAAUUCCCCAGCAACAGAGAGGUGGUGCUGCUGAAAAAUGAAGGCAGGGGGGCAUCAUGAAGGACUGGAGAUGACCAAGAGAAAGCAUCUUGGAAAAAGAAUAGAAGAGGACUUUUUUAUUAGAGCUGCAGCGUCUCAGCCAUGUCUGCAGCUUUCCUUUGUGCCAGUGGUGUUCACGCUGUCUGCUGAAUGCUGUAGUGGUCUUUUGUGAAGGUAACCAUGUGCGCAAGCUUUCCAAACCAGGCUAUUUAUAGCAGCACUGCAAGCAGAGGCUUGUAUUUGUUUGGAUUAUUCUGUGGCCUUCCCAUGAAUCCUUUAAGCACAGUGCUAUUUUUGCUGAGCUGUCAGGGCUGAGCAAAGAAAAUAUGAAGUAAAAACGAGCAAGAAUGAGCGCGAGCAACUGCAUAAACACUGCUCUACACUCACACCAGUGCCGUCGUAAAGAGUUGACUCUAUAAAUUCUUGCAUGCCUGAUCCCCCACACAUACACAUUCCUGUGCAGAGAAAAGACAAACCGCAGUUAUUCAUUUCAGAUCACGCGUUUAGACACAGCUGCAGCUUUGUCCCACUGUUGUUUUAUCUGUACAUGUUGAGCGGUCAUAGGAAAUAGUAGUAGUAUUAGUUACUUUGGCCAAAAAACUGCCAAAUCUGUAUAGCUGUAUUGUAAGAUAAUGUAUAUAUUUGUACAUACUUUAAAUGAGUGUUAUUGGAUGAGAUCUUUUGUAAAAUAAAAUGUUGGAAAGUA